AUGUCGUAUGUAGAUCUUCUCAAUGCUCCGUACUCUCAACAGAUUGCCCCGGCAAGCGGACUGGGAAACUCGGGCCUCCGAAACGUUGUAGGCAGCAAUGCGUCAUUAUUAGACUCCAAAAAGACCCUCGAUCUAUAUCGUGCCAAUUUGAAGAAGACAACGGAGUCGUCUGUCGCCUACGAAUUUGCCAUUUACAUGGUGGGUAUUGCUAAAGACAUCAUGGCUAGUGGGGAGAGUGCCGAGACUGCUGGGAUCAAUCCAGCCGAAUUGUUGAAAGAAGCACAAGCCGCCCUUCAGCGUUUAGCGGACAAGAGUUUUCCGUUUGCACAGUAUUACCUGGGGGACGGCUUCUUCUCCGGCCUGUUCAACAAAGGGAAAGAGGAUUAUGGUCGUGCGUUUCCGCUUUUCGUCGCUGCAAGUAAACAUGGUCACGCCGAAGCAGGUUAUCGGGCUGCUUUGUGCUACGAAUAUGGCUGGGGAUGUCGUCGUGAUUUUCAAAAAUCUGUCCAGUUUUAUCGAGCAUCUGCAGCAAAGGCACAUCCUGGUUCCGCUAGUCGUCUUGGCGUGGCAUGUAUAAGAAAGGAGCUUGGGUUGACUGACAACUACCGAGAAGGUCUGAAAUGGCUCAAGCGCGGCGUUGAUAGUGCAGACUCACAGUACAAUGCUGCGCCAUAUGAGCUGGGGUUACUUCAUGAGACCGGCUAUGGCGCGGAUUGUUUCAAGGAUGAAGCCUACGCUGCACAGCUUUUUACGAGAUCAGCUGAACUGGGCCACCCGGAAGCGGCUCGACGCAUGGGCGAAGCUUAUGAACACGGCCUUCUACACUGUCCGAAGGAUCCAGCACUGAGCAUACACUUCUACAAUAUCGCCGCCCAGGCCGACCACGAGGAAGCUAUGAUGAAUCUAUGUGCAUGGUAUAUGGUCGGCGCAGAGCCUGUACUGGAAAAAGAUGAAGCCGAGGCCUAUGAAUGGGCCAAGCGCGCAGCGGACCUAGGUCUUGCUAAAGCUGAGUAUGCUUGCGGUUACUUCACGGAAAUGGGAAUAGGAUGUCGCCGAGAUCCUCUAGAGGCUAAUGUCUGGUAUGUCAAAGCGGCCGACCAAGGUGACGAACGAGCGAAGCAACGCCUUGCUAUCAUCCGCGAUGCCGCGGCUGGAGGGUCCGGGAUUCCUGAUAAACAAGCCAAAGCGCCCAAGUCGCCAAAGGACAAGAAGGACUGCAUUGUCAUGUAA